UAAGAGGUUGUGAAUAUGACUAUUACAGAGGUGAGAGAAGACGAUAGGGAGGCUCCUUCGAUUGAUCCUGAUAUUGAUUCUGGGCCUCGUCGUGUUGUUCUUUUUGUUGAGCCUUCUCCUUUCUCAUAUGUAUCAGGGUAUAAAAACAGGUUCCAGAAUUUUAUUAGAUACUUAAGGGAAAUGGGAGAUGAGGUCUUGGUCGUAACAACACAUGAAGGAGUCCCGCAGGAGUUCUAUGGGGCGCAGUUGAUUGGAUCAAGAAGCUUCCCCUGUCCUUGUUAUCAGAAUGUGCCCCUUUCCUUGGCACUCAGUCCGAGAAUAAUUUCAGCUGUUUCACAGUUUAAGCCUGAUAUAAUCCAUGCCUCUUCACCUGGAAUCAUGGUUUUCGGUGCUCUGGCGAUCGCGAAACUACUGUCAGUACCCAUAGUCAUGUCUUAUCACACCCAUGUUCCAGUGUAUAUCCCAAGAUACACAUUUAGUUGGUUGGUGAAACCUAUGUGGUGGGUACUAAAAUUUCUUCAUAGAGAAGCUGAUCUCACACUGGUUCCAUCCGCUGCAAUCGCGAGAGAUCUCCAAGCAGAAAAGGUAACUGCAGCUAAUAGGAUCCGUCUUUGGAACAAGGGUGUCGAUUCCGAAAGCUUCCACCCUCGGUAUCGCUCUCACAAAAUGCGAUUAAGAUUGAGCAAUGGUGAACCGGAGAAACCAUUGAUAAUUCAUGUCGGACGUAUCGGAGUCGAGAAGAGCUUAGAUUUCCUUAAAAGUGUUAUGGACCGGCUUCCAGAAGCAAGAAUUGCUUUUAUCGGGGAUGGACCAUACAGGGAAGAGCUAGAAAAGUUGUUUAGCGGCAUGCCUGCAGUUUUUACCGGGAUGUUACAAGGUGAAGAGCUCUCUCAGGCAUAUGCAAGUGGGGAUGUGUUUGUGAUGCCUUCGGAAUCCGAGACGCUCGGACAGGUCGUUUCGGAGGCCAUGUCUUCAGGACUCCCUGUGGUGGGUGCUCGUGCCGGGGGAGUACCAGAGAUAAUCCCUGCAGACCAGGAGGGCAAGACCGGCUUUCUCUUUACUCCCGGGGAUAUUAACGACUGCAUGAGUAAACUGGUGCCCCUGUUACAAAACAAGGAACUGAGAGAAACGAUCGGCCAAGCUGCACGUGAAGAAAUGGAGAAGUACGACUGGAAAGAAGCCACGAAAACGAUACGCGACGAGGAGUACCGUGACGCCAUUAUGUUCUGGCGGAAGAAAAGAGCAGAGCUAACGGGACCUCUGCAGCAGCUCGCGGCAUGCCUUUUUCCCGUCCCAUGAAAUCAACACAAGGUGAUUUGGAUAUAUUAUAUUAGGUUUGUUUAGUA